GUCAUACAAUCAACGAGAUUACAAAAUGUUAGAUGAAAAUUUAUAAUGUUCCUUUAAUUUAAUUUUUACAAGAAAUUUAUUCGGCGUUUAAAAAAUUUUUUGUGUGUACUAAAGAAAAUGGCAUUAGAUAAACAAAAGAUUUUAAGUGAAUUAGGAAGUGUAAUGAAUCAACUACAAAGUGCAGAUUGUGGUUGUAUGGGGAAGUUAUUCAAUAACAGAAAUUCCUAUCCAAACAUGAGUAAUUCAACACCAGGGGCUGGAGAUUAUCGGCAUGGCUGCUGCCGUUGUCCCGGGUAUAACAGAUUCGGUUCAUCGUGUGGCGGGGAUCCUAACUCUGCCAAUGGAAUGCAGAAUAUGAAUCACUGUAUGGGUCGCUGUAAUCCCGCAAAACUUUACUCUGACACUUAUCAAUAUUUAAAUUCAAAUCUAAUGCAACCUGUCGUACAAGAGGUAUAUAAUGAUUUGAAAUCUAUCACGCCGGCUAACACAAUUAUGAAUAACCCCCCACCCGGAAAUGCUUUAAUGCCAUCACAAGGGCAGACUAAUAUGUAUAAUCAAGGUGGAAUUGGAGAUCAGAGCAGAGGUAUGGGAGGUCACAUGGGCGGAAUGGGUGGCCAUAUGUCUGGAACGCCGGCGCCCACACCGGAUAUGGGUUCGAAUAUAGUUAACAUGAUGAUGGGUGGGCACAAACCAAUUGUAAAUGAUACGUCGAUGGGAGGCGGUAACCCUUUAUCGCAACCGAUGGUUAUUGAUGCUCCUCAGUCACCACAUGGAAAGGUUGGAGUUGUCCCUUUGACCAAUCAAAUGAACGCAUACCAAGGCAAUGAUCCAAAAAUGCAUACAAUGAAUAAUCAACAACAGUACAGUAAUCCAGGACAUUUAGUAAACCUAAUGGAAGGUGCAAGUCAGCCUACGAUUUCACCUCCUAUGUACACCAAUCCUCAAGCGAACCAGCCCUCGGUUUCUCCUACGACCUACGCUAAUCCUCCGGCAAGUCAGCCCUCGAAUUCUCCUACGUAUGCCAAUCCUUUACUUACGACUCCAAACGUACAUAGCCAACAUGCCCCCGGUGUAAACAAAUUCAAUCAGAUGUUCCCUGGUGUAAUGCAGAACUUUGGUGGGGACUUAGGUUUUGAUCCUAUGGCAAUAGCCGUACAAAUGAAUCCAGCAAAUCAACAGAGGACUGCGAUUGACACUAUUCAAAAACUAAUGAGCGGUAACACGAGAGGUAUUAAUAGAACAGCAAACGUUUUGAAUCAAGGGCAGCUGCAAAAUGCUGCGCCUGCUGACAUAGCGCAACCUACUGCUCUCGCAAGCCCAGUACAACAAACAAAUAUCCCUACUGAUCACACGACCCUACCGCAAAUGAAUCAACCUGUCUCCCAAAGUCCGGAACAAGUGAAUUAUCAAUACGGUAGUGAAGUACGACCUCAACAGGUGUAUACAACAUUGACUUCGGAUCCUAGUAAACAAAUGGUACAACAGCCACAAUACCAAGAACCGCUCUUGCCUCAACAACCGCAAUAUGUUGCUGAGAAUCCAAGAAGAGCGUUACAAAAUGCAUCAAGGACAGAGUAUGAUUACGAGCCGUAUGGUAUUCCGCAAGAUCCUCACGAAGGUACUGAGCUUCCACCAGUUCCUUCGUCGGUGAAGAUAGAGAAAGUGCCAAUUUUCCCUGUUGACUUGACUCAUACCAGAUCAUAUUCCCCUAUAAAGCGAACAGUCUUUUCGGAUCACAAUCCUUUAAGUAAGCCCCGGCCUCAGUCCCCCGUGAAGCGACUAGCUUAUUCGGAUUAUAAUACUUUAGGUCAACCCAUUCUAAGGGUGUCGGCAAGCAGGUACAUCAAGGAAGAUCCACCCCUUCCCCAGACACUAUCACCACAAGACUCCCCUAAACCAAGAGUAUAUAGUAAUGUGAAAGCUACUGUAAGUAAGACUUCAAUCAUCGGUAAUCGUCGAGUUGGAAAAAAUCCAAGUAAAAAUCAAUUACAGCAUCUUUAUAACCAGUACAAAGGUUCUCAAUCUCUUACGCAUCAAAAUGCGGUAAAUAAUAACGAAGUGGCUUCUUAUUCCGAAGGAAAAUUAAACGUACCUCAUCAACAAGGGGCACGAGCUCAGCCGAUCAAACAAGUUGUUGAAAAAGUGGGCGGAGAUACUUUACAGAAUACAACUAUUGAAUCAAAUAACGUCGUCGCUGGUAAACCAGAACAAUUCGCUGGCCAAUUCGGGGACGUGCUUAACAUCAAAAAAACCACUAAUGAAGAACGCUUGGCACCAUCACCAAGGCAACGGAAGGGUAAUAACGGCUUGCAAGACCAGGUUUAUACGUCGUAUCCAAAGUCUACGGCGUGGUCCUUCCACGGAAAUCCGCGUUUGCCUAUGCCAAUGGGAGCUCGUGCUAGAAAACGAUAUUAAAAAAAAUUGUGCUUUGUGGUUUCUGAAAUUACGUUCCGUUGUUAUUUAAUGUAAUUUAUGGUAUUGAAUUGUAACGUGUUUGUGAAAUUAAAAAUUCGUUGAAGGUUUCAAGUG